CUCAACACAUGGCUUCUCUCUUGUGUUCUGCUUCACUUUGUGUUUGUAGGACGAGCUUGGGAACUUUCUCUCUCUUCCAUCCUGUUAAUCCGGCCCCUAAAAAAAGCAUUUGUCAAGUCUCUAUGUUGUUUUCCGCUGAAAUGGGUAUAAUUGACUACUCAUGUUGUCUUCCUGUUUCUCUGUUCUCUGGAUCGAUAUCUAAAACAACGGCGAUCUUGACCAUGUCUGGUCUGCAUCACGAUUCUCGCAUACAUGGUCGGAAUAACGUUGGUUGAAAACAGGUAUUACACCAACGUAUGUGGCGGUCUACUUUCGUUACUAUACUAUCAUAUGGUAUCCUACCUUCUAUCUAUCUCCUUGGAACUGAAAACAAAGAUAGAUAAAUUCCAUGUCCAUCUCUCUCCUGCCAUGGCACUAAGACUCACUAUCCAAAACUCAGGCCAUGCCGUGUUAAGAACCUGCUGCCUCUUAUCGGUUCAUUAUUUUACCUCAAUCUCUGUGUUUUCUACACAUAUUCCGAAACUCUAUGUACCUAAAAACCUAGCCAAGAGAAACCAUGUUCUCUGCUCUGCUCUCCUUUCCUACACUACACUACACUACACUACACUACACUACACUACACUACACUACACUACACUACACUACACUACACUACACUACACUACACUACACUACACUACACUACACUACAAUACACUACAUAAAAACAACCCCUCGAAAAUUUCAUGAGACUGGACAUAUAUUCCUCCUCCCCUCAUUCUGCCAUAUUCCUACCUGUGCAGGACGAUCUUGAUGAUUCUCGCC